ACCCUUCAACACCUUCAGCUCUGCUCCGAUCGAAAUCAUCCUCAGCUCUGCUCCGAUCGACCGGCCACCCACCGCCACCACACCGUUGGCCUGCGGCGACGACACUCACUGCGACGGACCGCCACAUGAACAGCACCAUCCACCGUCGCACGCCCCCACCGCGACGCACCGCCAUAGCCGCCACCCCCGCCGACGCCACAAAGCAGGAUAUUGUUUUGAAGAUCCAGGCUCAUGAACAAGAGAUUUCCCAAUUGAGGAAACAUCUUUGAAGAAUAUUCAAUCAAAGAAGAACAAAUAAGCAAUGAGAAAUAUGUUCUGGAAAAGCGCAUUGCUUAUAUGCGCAUGGCCUUUGAUCAGCAGCAACCGGAUUUGGUAGAUGCUGCAUCUAAAGCAAUUCUUAUAGACAAGACAUAAUUGAAGAGAAUAUAAAACUUACAUAUUUAUUGCAGAUUCUUUUUAGACAUCUACAGGAGAAGCUUUUAGUUACUGAGGCAAAGCUGAAGGAGUCUCAGUACCAAAUGACCCCUUGGCCCUCUGAUGUUAACUCCUCGAAUUUUGCUCAGUCACCUUCUGAUUUUAGUGCGAUAAGAGAUGGACUUGAACUGGUACCACAACAAGGAUACACUAAUGAAAAGGCACCUAUUCUUUCAGACCCACAGACAAGUAGAGAUUAGGAUUCGUUGGGACAUCCCCAGGUUGAUAGUACUGGUGAUUUAACAAAAAAUGUGACGGGUGAUGAGUUGGGGAGAUAUUCACCUCUUGCAAGCAGGUGAGCCUGUUCAAAUGGAGACUGCUACUGUGAACUGAAUUACAAUUCAAACCAUCUGCUUUUGGUGGAAUACCAUAUCACAAGAUUUAUCUGCUCAGCAUGCAGUAAGCCAGGAUGAUUCUCUUUCCAAAUCAAGAAGUGAAGAAAUACCAAAUAAACAAGUAAAAUUUAGGGAUCAUAUCAGCAAUAAUGAGAUGGAUGAUUAUGAUAUGGAGAGACACCAAAAUGGUAGAGAGCCUUCAGUCAGUUGGCACUCUAAAAGCUCUCCUUAUACAAACCCCCUUGAGGAUCUGAACCCUCACUCCCCAUAUUUACCCCCUGUUAUGGAGGAACCUGCAUCCUCUUUCUCAGAAGUUGCAGAUGAUGAACCUUUACAUGCAGUUGAGGGUCUUCAAAUUUCAGGUGAAGCAUUUCCCGGACAGGAACUUAAGGCUUCUGGGUACUCUAUUAAUGGCACAACCAGUUGCAAUUUUGAGUGGGUACAGCAUAUGGAAGAUGGAUCUUUUAACUAUAUUCUUGGUGCAAAGCAACCCACGUAUCUUGUUACUGCUGAUGAUGUUGAUACAUAUCUUGCCAUUGAAGUUCAGCCACCGGAUAAUAGGAAGCGCAAGGGUGAAUUGGUGAAGGUCUUUGCUAAUGACCAUAGGAAGAUUAACUUGCAUAUAACAAGCCUAAUGUAUAAUGAUCGAUGUGCUGAUAUCCUCCAAGCCAAAAAACUAUUGGUGGGGUGUGGAGCUUCCACUUCUGAAGCUCAAUGUGAAGCUGAUUGAGGAAGAGUUCGCUUUGUCUGAAAGUCUGUGGAUACCUUAUACAGAGUUGCUCUAUGUAUGAUGUUGUUAAGGCAAUUGGCAUGGAUGUGUAAGAACCUAAUUUUUAAUUUAGAAUUAUAAAUUUGUAAUUUAAUUUAUUGUUUUUACAAAUACUAUAGUAACUUCAUAA